AGUGUGUUCUCUUGCCUUUAGGAGCUGAAAAUAUGAUAACAUUGGGCCCGGACAUGCCUGUGUGGAGGUUAGGGUACUCCUGGGGUUUUUGCAGCUAGCUGUAAAGCAAGCUAGAACUUGUUCAUCUCUAAGUUCCUUGUUUUUCUUUCAACCCUUUCAGUGCCCUGCAGGAGUCAUUAAAUCAAAACUUCAUGCUGAUCAUCACCCACCGAGAAGUCCAGCGGGAGUACAACCUGAACUUCUCAGGAAGCAGUACUAUUCAAGAGGUAAAGAGAAAUGUGUAUGACCUUACAAGUAUACCCGUUCGCCACCAAUUGUGGGAGGGCUGGCCAACUUCUGCUACAGACGACUCAAUGUGUCUUGCUGAAUCAGGGCUCUCUUAUCCCUGCCAUCGACUUACAGUGGGAAGAAGAUCUUCACCUGCACAGACCCGGGAACAGUCAGAAGAACAAAGCACCGAUGUUCAUAUGGUUAGUGAUAGCGAUGGAGAUGACUUUGAAGAUGCUACAGAAUUUGGGGUGGAUGAUGGAGAAGUAUUUGGCAUGGCGUCAUCUGCCUUGAGAAAAUCUCCAAUGAUGCCAGAAAACGCAGAAAAUGAAGGAGAUGCCUUAUUACAAUUUACAGCAGAGUUUUCUUCAAGGNNNGGUGAUUGCCAUCCUGUAUUUUUUAUUGGCUCAUUAGAAGCUGCUUUUCAAGAGGCCUUCUAUGUGAAAGCCCGAGAUAGAAAGCUUCUUGCUAUCUACCUCCACCAUGAUGAAAGUGUAUUAACCAAUGUCUUCUGCUCACAAAUGCUUUGUGCUGAAUCCAUUGUUUCUUAUCUGAGUCAAAAUUUUAUAACCUGGGCUUGGGAUCUGACAAAGGACUCCAACAGAGCAAGAUUUCUGACUAUGUGCAAUAGACACUUUGGCAGUGUUGUGGCACAAACCAUUCGAACUCAAAAAACAGAUCAGUUUCCGCUUUUCCUGAUUAUUAUGGGAAAGCGAUCAUCUAAUGAAGUGUUGAAUGUGAUACAAGGGAACACAACAGUAGAUGAGUUAAUGAUGAGACUCAUGGCUGCAAUGGAGAUCUUCACAGCCCAACAACAGGAAGAUAUAAAGGACGAGGAUGAACGUGAAGCCAGAGAAAAUGUGAAGAGAGAGCAAGAUGAGGCCUAUCGCCUUUCACUUGAGGCUGACAGAGCAAAGAGGGAAGCUCAUGAGAGAGAGAUGGCAGAACAGUUUCGUUUGGAGCAGAUUCGCAAAGAACAAGAAGAGGAACGUGAGGCCAUCCGGCUGUCCUUAGAGCAAGCCCUGCCUCCUGAGCCAAAGGAAGAAAAUGCUGAGCCUGUGAGCAAACUGCGGAUCCGGACCCCCAGUGGCGAGUUCUUGGAGCGGCGUUUCCUGGCCAGCAGCAAGCUCCAGAUUGUCUUUGAUUUUGUAGCUUCCAAAGGAUUUCCAUGGGAUGAGUACAAGUUACUGAGCACCUUUCCUAGGAGAGAUGUAACUCAACUGGACCCAAAUAAAUCAUUAUUGGAGGUAAAGUUGUUCCCUCAAGAAACCCUUUUCCUUGAAGCAAAAGAGUAAACACGGCCCAGCGGUGGAACCAGCCAUUCCUUGACAAGCCAGCAGCCUGCGUCAGGAGAAGGGCUCCUCGCCAACCCACCCACACGCUCGUCUCACUCAAUUCAAUGUCACACUUCUGCCUCUUGCAAAAUUGCUGGAAAAAGUAAUAAUAAAUAUAGCUACUUAAGAUUUCCCA